UUCUGAUAACUCGCACCAACAAAGCGCGCGCGCACACAUGCAUGAGUGAACGUCUUAAUUAGAGUAUGACGCCACCCACUCAACAUUCUGCUGAUAUUGUCACAUAAAAACAAUGCAACUCCUCUUUCAUUCUGAACACAGACACGGCGGCUGUGGUAGUUAACUAGUACAAGGUUUUCUGGUUUUCACAAAAUAUCGGGCGACACAAAGUGCUAAGUCAGCGGUGGCUCGCCUGGGUGGCAAAAUGAAAACUGUGAAAGAUAUGGAAUCGUGGUGGUUACAGAAAUACUGUUUUGACAACCUUGAAGGCACAUUCACACAGACAGAAGAGAGACAACAUUACCAAUGGAAAUUCACAGGGGCUGAGGACUGACACACCAUACUGACACCAUGACGGCCAGCUUCCCAAACAAUGUCACCGCCACAGCCCUUUCCGAUUUGACCCACCCACUUCUUGCCACGGAGAUGACCUACGCGCCCCGCUUGCCCACGCACUCCAGCCCCUCGUGCCCUCCUGACGAUGGCUCCCUGAUGAUCCCUCUGGCCAUUCUUUACUCAGUGCUCUUUGUGUUGGGCCUGGCCGGCAACGUCCUGGCUCUAUGGGUCUUCCUCCACGUUCACUCUAAGAAGAACUCGAUUCGUGUUUUCCUCAUCAACACGGCGCUGGCUGACCUGCUCCUGGUCAUCUGUCUCCCAUUCAGAGUGUUCUACCACAGUAAAGGGAACCACUGGGACCUGGGUUCCACACUCUGUAAGGUGGUGGGGAACCUAUUCUAUAUGAACAUGUACAUCAGUAUCACCUUAUUGGGGCUGAUCAGUGUGGACCGCUACCUGAAGAUCCAGCGGUGCAGAUGGAGGUCGUCUAGCCCCCAGGCCAACAGGUGGAGUGCAGCCCUGUGUGGCACAAUUUGGAUGCUGGCCCUUGUCUCAGUCCUACCCAUGAUUGUCCUCAAAGAAGGCAACGAGGAGACCAACAGGUGUUUUCAGUAUAAACAGCGGCAGCAUGCGAAGUGGAAGGCCUACUUCAACCUCUUCCUGGUUGGCGUUUUCUGGAUUGUAUUUGUCUGCCUAGUGGUGUCGUAUGGGAAGAUUGCUGUCAAGCUGCUGAGGACAUCAAGGAAUAAACCAGACCUCCCGAAUGCUCCUCACUACAACCGUACCGCCAAGAAGUCAUUUUUUGUCCUAUUUUUGUUUACCGUCUGCUUCGUCCCCUAUCACAUUGUCCGGGUGUUCUACAUUGUAUCCCAGAUAACUGACACUUCAUGCUUCUGGAGGGGCGUGGCAGACAAAGCCAAUGAGGUGGCGCUGUUACUCUCCGCCCUCAACAGCUGCCUGGAUCCUGUAAUGUACUUCCUCUUGUCAGCAUCAGUGAGGAAAGAGACGCUUCGACUGUUAAACCAUGUUUUCCAACUGAGUAAUUUGGGCGGUAGUGGGAGUGCCUCCAGUGCAGACUGUGGGAGGAUUCUUGUGGAAGAGCCAACUGUCUGUUUCAAUAGUUAUGUGGGGAACAAAACACUUGUCCAACCAGUGGGAUGUUAACACAUUGGAACAAAUUAACUUGGUUUGGUGAUGUGGGGAUAUUAGUGGACAAAAAAGGCUAGCCAUCCUCUUCAAUGGACCACAAAAUGGCAGCCAAAUCCAUCUUCCAUCAGGUAUGAGGACCAACCAAAAUUAAAGCCAUUUUGUGCCGAGAAAGAUCCAUAUAAGCUUGGGGCAAUUACAGUCAUAUAGUUCAUAUAAUAAAGGAAUGUUUGUCAUGUUAUGUCAAAUAAAACAUU